AACAGAAGGAGACAGACCUUGAGCAGAGAGACAGAUCUGAGCAGUCAGUGCAGUGAGAGCAGCUGAACUUGUUCUGCAGAUGAGAUCCCAGAGACAAGAUAUCGAGGGAAAAGAGAUGUGAAAGAAAAUAGAGAGCCUUGGUGAAGGAUGAAGAUCUGCUAUGGGAACAAGAAGAAAAGAUAGGAUGAAAGGAUGAAGUGAGAGUGUCUAGUCCUACCUGAAAAAUAGGAGGGUUGUCUGAGAAGGAAGUUGAAGUAUCCGCAGUAGAGGUCAGCACUCCAGAAGAAAUGUUUGUGGAGAAUGGGACAGAUGCAAAGCUUCCAUGCACGUUUACAUCUGUGGAAGUGAUCAGCAGCGCAGCAUCUGUUUCUUGGAGUUUUCAACCAGAGGGAGCAGCAACUCGUAUCUCAUUUUUCUAUUACUUUAAUGGAAGGUCGUACCCUGGAAAGGACUUACCAUUUAAAGACAGGAUCACUUGGACUGGAGACCUUAACAAGAAAGAUGCUUCUAUCAGUAUAUCUAACAUGCAGUUCCGGGACAACGGCACUUACAUUUGUGAUGUCAAGAACCCACCUGAUAUUGUUGUCAAACCAGGAGAAAUCCGAGUUAGAGUUGUGGAGAAAGACAGCCUGCCUGCGUUCCCCAUUGCCAUGGUGGCAGGGAUAGUCAUCGGUACGGUUACAGGUCUCACACCGCUCAUCUCUAUUGUCGUGUGUCUUGUCAUCAGAAAGAACAACUCUAAAAAACGUUACUCUGGCAGUGAACUUGCCAAUGCAUUGACUAGAGCACAGGAAAUUCAGAGUUCUUUCCAUGACAGAAGGAAAACACGCUCCCUCUGCGGUACAUCUGAGAGCUUGAUGUCACCGGUUAAGCAGGCUCCGCAGAAGUCACCCUCCGACACAGAGGGUCUGGUAAACAGCGUACCCGCCAGAUCACACCAGGGCCCAGUCAUUUACGCGCAGCUAGAUCACUCCGGAGGACAGCACAGCGACAAGAUUAACAAGUCAGAGUCUGUGGUCUAUGCUGAUAUUCGGAAGAACUGAGAUGAGAUCCUAACCUAUCCAAUGCAAAACACGCAUUCAGACUGGAAUUGCUUAAACAAAAUCUGACCCAGAGAACUCACAUGUGGCCUUUGAUGCCUAGGCUAGGACCAAUGCAUGUGCAUACAGAGGGAAAGAUAUAUAUGAAUUGUGUGUAAAUAGUCUAUUUAAUCGUACAGAAGUGAGACCAAUGUUGCAUGUUGAAAUGCGGUAAGAAUUCUGCUUAUAAAUUGCCAAUAUUCUUUUUUGUAUCUUGUAUGAUGAGAGAGAAAGUGGAAAUUCACAUCACAAUUUUUAAAUAUUUUUAUCUUGAUUAUUAACGGAGAAACUGGAAGAUAACUAAGACUCUAGGUAGACCUUGAGAUUCUUUUUUUUUUUUUUUUUUUGCUUAUGGGGCCUUUUUUGUUGUUGUUGUUGUUGAGGUGAAUAUAAAGGUAACUUUCACAGGGUAUUCAUAUUUCCUUGGUCAGAUUCUCAGUACAAGCUGCCUUCUUGCAUGAGGUAGACAUUCUCACUUGGUUUUGUAAGCCAUAUUGUGACUCCUAGCUAUCAGAAAUGGUUAUCUUACCCCUGCAAGUGAAGGAAAUGUUUAGGCCUCCCUGACCUGUAUAACACAGGUUGCAGAAUCGUUUACUUCUGUAUCAAGCCCAUAUAUUCAAGCUUAGUCCUUUAAGGUGCAAAGAUAGUGCUGACGUAAUGACUUUUGUGAAAUCGUAGUUUACCUGUGAAAACUGAAGAGCUAGUGAGCUAGAGGGAUAAGAAGCAGUAACUCCAGGUGGUUGAAAAGUUCACUGAAAGUCAGAGGCAAUGAAAUGUUUAUUCCUCAAAACUGUGUCACUUCAUGUAAGCACAACAAAAUGGGCUCUAAGGGCUCUGGAAGUUGUAGUAUUCCCUCAUCUCUCCCUUGUCACUCCAUUAUACCUUUGUCACUUCCUAAGAGAUGCUUUAUCAGUUCUCAAAAGCCUCUAGUAGAGGCUGAAUGACCUCUGGAAGAAAUUAAGAGCUUCACUUUUGUUUUGUUGCUUUUUUGUUGUCAUCGUUGUUGUUGUUUGUAUGUUUGUGUGUUUUCAUAACCUUUAUUUGCACAGAGGAUGCGGAGGGCAGUUUAUUUCCUUCCUCUCUGCAAGUCUACUACUUGAAUACAAUUUCCCAACUUUUUGUUUCGAGAUUAUACUCCUCAUAGAUUGAUAGGGAUCUCAAAUUGUCCUUUUCUGCUGAAGAGGAUCUUUCUUUAGCUGACCCAUUUGUAUCCUGAAAUCCAGUGUUCAGGACUUGAAGUGGCACUCCAGAUGAGGUCUUUUCAGACUAGCAUAUAGUAAGGAUUUCUGUUUUGUACAUCCUAAUGUGGUGUAGGCUUUUCUGUACCAGUAGAUAAUUUUCAGCUUGAUCUACCGUAACCCCUUGUCUCUGAUUUUUAGCCAUUUCCUAAUUCAAUCUAUUUCACAAAAUCAGUCACAGAAUGGUUGAAGUUAGAAGGGAUCUCUGGAGAUCAUCUGGUCCAACUGUCCCUGUUCAGCUAGAGCAGGUGCCCAGGAACAUGUCCGGUUGGGUUUUGAGUAUCUCCACAGAUGGAAACUCUUCAACCUCUCUGGGCAACCUGUUUGGCCACUUAAAGUAAAAAAGCACUUCUGUGUGUUCAGAUGGAAUAUCCUGGUUUUAAACUUCUGUCCGUUGCCUCUUGUCCUGUCAGCGAGCACUAGUGAGAAGAGUCUGGCUUCCUCUUCAGUCAUUUUUUCCAACAAAACUGGGUACACAGAUUUUCAUCGGGAUCACACUUGGCUGGUUUCCGGACAACACCUGCCUUUGUAAGGAGCAUCACUAAAAUCAGGGUGAAUCCUACUGCUGCUUUCCCUAUGAACCAAGCUGUUUCUCCCCAGUAUUUGUUUUACACUUACCAAGAAACAAAGCUUUUGACAUGGUUGAUGGGGAAACUUGAUUUUGAUCUGCUUGUGCUUACCCCUGUGCAUUACAUAUUUCUCCCUGGACAUUUUAGAGUGAAAGGGAGAAGGGUGAUGAAUUUAACUAUCAAAAACUUGGUGCCAUGAGAAAAUAGGGCUGUCUGUGCUUGGC